AUGUCGUCCAACAACAGUGAUGCUCCUUUCCUACUGACUGGCUUUCUGGGCUUGGAAAUGAUUCACCACUGGAUCUCUAUUCCUUUUUUUGUCAUCUACUUCUCCAUCAUUUUAGGGAAUGGUACCCUUCUCUUCAUCAUUUGGAAUGACCACAGCCUUCAUGAACCCAUGUACUACUUCUUGGCUGUGCUGGCAAGUACAGACCUUGGGAUGACACUAACAACGAUGCCCACAGUGCUGGGUGUUCUGGUGCUGAACCAGAGGGAGAUUGCACAUGGAGCCUGUUUCAUUCAGUCCUACUUCAUCCAUUCCCUAGCCAUUGUAGAAUCAGGGGUCUUGCUUGCCAUGUCUUAUGAUCGAUUUGUGGCCAUCUGUACCCCUUUGCAUUAUAACUCUAUCCUUACCAAUUCUAGGGUGAUGAAGAUGGCGCUGGGGUUACUGCUCAGAGGUUUUGUAUCCGUCAUGCCCCCAAUUCUACCUCUCUUUUGGUUCCCAUACUGCCGUUCCCAUGUUCUUUCUCAUGCCUUCUGUCUUCAUCAAGAUGUCAUGAGACUCGCAUGUGCUGACAUUACCUUUAACCGCAUAUACCCAGUUGUUUUGGUUGCCCUGACUUUCUUCCUUGAUGUACUCAUCAUUGUCUUUUCCUAUGUUCUCAUUCUGAAGACAGUUAUGGGCAUCGCCUCUGGAGAGGAGAGAGCAAAGGCUCUCAACACCUGUGUCUCCCACAUUAGCUGUGUCCUGGUCUUUUACAUCACAGUGAUUGGCCUGACCUUCAUUCACAGGUUUGGAAAGCAUGCCCCCCAUGUGGUGCACAUUACCAUGAGCUAUGUCCACUUUCUCUUUCCUCCGUUAAUGAACCCCAUCAUUUAUAGCAUCAAGACCAAGCAGAUUCAGAGGAGUAUUCAUCGUCUACUGUCCAGACAUAGUACGGCUUGA